AUGACGCGAUCUAGAGGGAGUGACGCAGGCAGCGGCCCGGGAUCCGGGUCAUCACCCCCCAAUCCCGACCUGGCCCUCCUGGUCAACUCUAAGAAGUACGAGUGUGUCUACGACGGCUGCAGAAGAUCCUACACGUCGAUGGGCAACCUGAAGACACACCUCAAAGCACACCAGGGCAAGUACGACUACAGGUGUGAUCACGGGACUUGCGAGAAGGCGUUUCUCUCUUCGUACAGUCUCAAGGUCCACAGGCGUAUACACACCGGCGAAAAGCCUUAUUCCUGUGAAACUGACGGCUGCGAUAAGUCUUUCACCACUAUGUAUCGGCUGACCGCCCAUAAGAGGGUACACACGGGCGAAACGUUUGGCUGCGAGUUCGACCCAUGCUCCAAACAGUUCACCACGAAAAGCGACCUCAAAAAGCACACGCGGACUCACUCGGGCGAAAAACCGUAUCACUGUAAGAUAGACGGUUGCGGGAAAGCCUUCAAAGCAUCGCACCACUUGAAAAGUCAUUCUUCCAAACAUCAAAAGGAUUCGUCUGAGGCUACAUCUACUAUGGACGAGGGAGGAGAAGGGGGGACGCUAGACGAAGGUGAAGUGCAGGGCACACCUCAAUCAACCAACGGCAGUAUGGAGAGCCUCGAUGCGUCGGAUUCUCUGGCGGUUGUUUCCGAGGACGGCUCGGCCAACCAGGUUCUUGAGGCUCUCUCUCCUGAGUCGAGUCAGUGGCUCUCGAGUUUCCUGCUCGGACAAUCCCCAAUGGUCACUAAUCCCUUUUCUCCCGCAGUUACAUCGUCUUCAAGUGGGAUUACAUCAUCUUCAGGCGAGGUUACAUCAUCUGCAAGUGAAAUGACGUCGUCCAGUUGCGUGUCUGUUUCUACGGCGCAGCCUAUAGCAACACACCACCCUCAAAAUCAGCUGCAACCGCCUCAAAUAGCUUCCAACUCCGUUACAGCAACAGCUUCCCUCCCCACACCUGUUUCUACAUGCUCGCAGACGCAGCCUCAGCCGCUGCCUCAAGCUCCACUAAUGCUAACUUCCGAUAUAACCAACGCUCUACAGGCACUUCAAGUCCUUUCAAACACAGGUGCUCUCCAGAGCUUGUUGACCCUCUCACAGCUGCAGAAUAGUGGGUGGCAGCACUCUGCUAAUGUCCCAUCAAACUAUUCGGUACUGGCUCCUUUACCCACCUCAGUGGCCGAUUCCAAUACACUACAAUUGGGCACUGCUUCAGGGCUUAGUGGUUCAAACGCGUUUAGCUCCCUGCCCCUCCUACCCGAGACGACUUCAGGGUUGGGAGGACCCUCCUUCCCUUCGCAACCACCCAGCGCCACUGCCGGCAGAUCACAUGACACGACUCCCGGAUCAUGUGACUUCCUCGGUGAUGCCUCCUCCGGUAGGUUACAGAGCUACCAACCUCCGCAACUAGUGCAAGCGUUUGCGCAACCCCUGGCAAUGUACAACAGUACUACCGAAUCUUCCACUUCCAUUGGCACCAGUUCCUCCCAGAACCUCCCCAACUCCUCAAACUAUGAAACUUACUGGGACAGUGGCACGCAGACUCUACCUAUUGAUCUCGAUAACCUGGAUGCUCUCUUGUCCUCCGUUGAGUCGCCGAACCCACUUGCACCCAACCCUCUAGCUGUUUCCCAAAACCAAGUACUAGGAACGCAACCUCAGGAACCUACCGGAACAUCUGUGUUUUCAGCUACCGGGACUACUACGAUGACAUUGCCCAAGGCUGCCGUAGUAAAGGUCGACCAGAUGUCGCAAACUGACUCGUCCUGCUCUCCGGGAAAGGUGCAGUUGUGUAGUCGAUGCGUAGAGCCGUGCAUCCAAGUUGAAGUUGAAGCCAUGAGUCUGCCGGAGAAACUACUGAAGUCCGCAAAGUCGGGAAAUUCGCGUGAAGUCCGCAAGCUCAUCGGGCGCGGAGUACCAAUCACCAAAGACAAGUUUGGGAACACUGCACUGCACGAAGCGGCGUGGAACGGUCACAGUGAUAUUGUCAAGAUUCUCCUGAACGCCUUCUGCUUCGUGGACAGCAUUAACAACAGCUGCUUUACACCACUGCAGUUGGCCAGUCAGAGUGGCCACGGGAAGACCGUCAAGACACUGCUGAAAUGGCGCGCAGACCCCUCCAUUCUGAAUCAGCAUGGAGAGACUGCCAUUCACCUUGCGGCCAAAUACAACCACCCGACUGUCAUUUCUGUCUUCGUCUCUUUCAAAGUCAAUGUGGACAUAAGAGGAAAGGACAGUAACACUGCCUUACACAUUGCGGCAAAACUGGGAAACGCAGAAUCAGUGAGAGCUUUACUCAGAGGUGGAGCCAAUCCUCACCUUGCAAAUGCGAGAGGUGCUAGGCCCUUGGAGUAUGCUGAAAUUGGAGGAUUCAAGCCAGUCAUAAAGCUUUUGAGCUCCGUAAGUUUUGACCUAAGGUGUAGCUAGUAUAUCAUAGCUCUGCCUCAGCCACAAUGUUUUCUUGCAUAACUGGUGGCGUGGCAAGCGUCCAGCCAAAGUAAUAAUACGCACACAGACAAAUUGCAGAGGUUAGCAGUUGGGUAAAUCGAGCUGUAUACAGUCUAGCAUUUGAGGCUAUGGGCCGAGUCUGACUGCCAGAGAG